ACCCGAUGAACCAGUUUUCGUUUUGUUUACCAUUUUUCAAGCUGAUUUUCUGGUUCUAAUCUCUGGUUACCUCAAUCUCAUGAUUGAAUAAAGAAAUAAAUAAAUAAAUUAUCAGGUAAAUCAACAAAUUACCAACGUCAGUGACCAUCAUCAUCAUCAUCAUCUCUCCAUUGAUGUAAUACAAAAUGGAUUCAACAAUUUUCCCGUAAUCUUAAUGAGCCUUUUUACGGUUUUCAUCCAUCUCUCAAUUUACUUUAAUCACUUUAAUCUAUUGAAUUACAAUUAAAUUCAAUCUUCAGAUAACUCGGGACAUUGACAAUUAAGGCAAAAUUCCAAGUAAUUGAUGAAACAUUUUCUUUUGCAUCACCAAUUUAAAAGAUGCGCCUUCAUCCAUAGUCAAUGAACUUGCUCUUUCUUUUUCUUUCUUUUCUCUCUCUUUUCUUUCUUUCUUUUCUCUUAUCCUUCUCUUACCUUAACAAGAAUGAUUUUGAUAAAAACGUAAACAUUGCUAUUGGAUUUUUCUCUUCUCUAUCUCUCAUUUUUUUUUCUAUUUUAAUUGUUAUCCCCAUUUGAUAAAUUCUUCAUUUUUAUUCUACAAUUUUCUCACUCUACUGGUUUACAGUUUUAAUAAUUUUGUGUCUAAAAUAAUGUUAACCCUCUAUGUUUGCUCUAAAACUGUUUCUCUAACCUCUAAUGAAACCGUUAAAUUGGAUCUUACACAACAAGAUGAUUCUUGUAAUGAUAAUAAUAAGUUGACUGUUGAUAAUUUAAUGGUUGCCAUUAAAGAGAAACUUUCACUUACUGGUUCCAUUGAAGACUAUCAAUUGGUUUGUUAUGGUAAAAAAUUGAAAGGUGAUAAACAAUUGUCUCAUUAUGGAAUUAAAAGUAAUGCUGUUGUUCACCUAUUUCUUAAAAGUAUUGAAGAGCGAACUUCUGAUAGAAAAAUGGACGAUUCUGAUUCUAAAGGUAAAGGAAAAAAAGCUAAAUUUGAAAAUUCACCUAUGGAAAUGGAGGUGGAACUUCAUACUAUGGCAAUCGCUUCUAAAACUGCUCUUAUGAAUAAAAGCUUCCGUCAAAUGUUAUCCCGUCUCCUUGAGGCCGAUUUCCGUAAUAAUCUAAUCCAAUGUACUCCAGGCCUUAAAGACGAUCUUAUUGCAAUUGCUGCUCUUCAUGAUGCUGAACUUUUAUCCAUGUUAUUAGAUUCACCAACCAUUAAAAAGGUUUUAGAUAAACAUCCAGCAAUUUUAGAAGCAGCUACUCAUCUAGCAACUGCUUUUCAUGAAGAAAACGCUACAUCCGGUGGUCGUGUCUUACCUUCAGCUAUGGCUGUUGAUUCAUCACAAUUUAUCUCCUAUUCAUUGGAUGAUUUAUCUGAAGAUGAUGAUAUGACUGGUGGGGUGGAUGCACCUCCACCAAAUGGUCAACAUGUAAGGUCACCAACAACAGUCUCGGCCUUUGCUGAUCUAAUUCAACAAGCAAUUUACGCCAGAAGAGGAAGAGCAGGAGAGCCCGGAGGAUCACAACAAAGUUCAUCUUCGCAUCCACCAACUCCAUCCUCAAUUUCAUUACCCCCUUUCCAUACAACACCCCAACUAUUACAGCAAUUUCAAUUAGCACAAUUACAAGCACACCACCAACAUCAGCAGCAACAACAACAACAACAACAACAACAAUCAUCUCAACAACAAACUCAACAACCUCCUCAAGUUGGUAAUAACAGUGGAAUCAUUGAUUUUGAAAUGUUACGACGUGCAUGUCAAUUAACUGAACCUUCAACAAGUCAACAAGGAAACAAUUCCAGUACAUCUUCAGUCUCAAAUCCUCUUUCUGGUCAAUUAGGUGCUACUGCCACUCCACCCCAACCAACACCACAAGCAUCAUCAGCACCACUAUUACAAUCAACUCAACAAUCACUUUCUCGCAGUGACAUGUCCCAUCAAAUUGGUCAGAUGAGAGAGCUUGGAUUAACUGAUGAAAACGUUUGCCUUCAAGCUCUUAUUGCAACAAACGGAGAUGUUCAGGCUGCAGUAGAAUUAAUUUUCAGUGAAACUUUCCACUCUUAAACAAAACUUUACUGUAAAAUCACUUAUCCCAUAUUUACUAAAAAUCAUUUAUUAAAUAUUUUCAAUCAAUCAAA